AUGUCUGACCAAAUGCUGGGCAAUUACACCACAAAUGGUUUACACGACAAAUGGUUCACAGACACCACAAAUGGUUUACACUACAAAUGGCUAACAGACAAAUCGUUCACAGACACCACAAAUGGAUUACACGACAAAUCGUUCACAGACACCACAAAUGGUUUACACGACAAAUCGUUCACAGACACCACAAAUGGUUUACACGACAAAUCGUUCACAGACACCACAAAUGGAUUACACGACAAAUGGUUCACAGACACAACAAAUGGAUUACACGACAAAUCGUUCACAGACACCACAAAUGGUUUACACGACAAAUGGUUCACAGACACCACAAAUGGUUUACACGACAAAUGGUUCACAGACACCACAAAUGGUUUACACGACAAAUCGUUCACAGACACCACAAAUGGUUUACACGACAAAUCGUUCACAGACACCACAGAUGGUUUACACGACAAAUGGUUCACAGACACCACAAAUGGUUUACACGACAAAUGGUUCACAGACACCACAAAUGGUUUACACUACAAAUGGCUAACAGACAAAUCGUUCACAGAUACCACAAAUGGAUUACACGACAAAUCGUUCACAGACACCACAAAUGGUUUACACGACAAAUGGCUAACAGACAAAUCGUUCACAGACACCACAAAUGGAUUACACGACAAAUCGUUCACAAACACCACAAAUGGUUUACACGACAAAUGGCUAACAGACAAAUCGUUCACAGACACCACAAAUGGAUUACACGACAAAUGGCUAACAGACAAAUCGUUCACAGACACCACAAAUGGUUUACACGACAAAUGGCUAACAGACAAAUCGUUCACAGACACCACAAAUGGUUUACACGACAAAUGGCUAACAGACAAAUCGUUCACAGACACCACAAAUGGAUUACACGACAAAUGGCUAACAGACAAAUCGUUCACAGACACCACAAAUGGUUUACACGACAAAUGGCUAACAGACAAAUCGUUCACAGACACCACACAUGGAUUACACGACAAAUGGUUCACAGACACCACAAAAGGAUUACACGACAAAUCGUUCACAGACACCACAAAUGAUUUACACGACAAAUGGUUCACAGACACCACAAAUGGUUUACACGACAAAUGGUUCACAGACACCACAAAUGGUUUACACGACAAAUCGUUCACAGACACCACAAAUGGUUUACACGACAAAUCGUUCACAGACACCACAAAUGGUUUACACGACAAAUCGUUCACAGACACCACAAAUGGUUUACACGACAAAUGGUUCACAGACACCACAAAUGGUUUACACGACAAAUGGUUCACAGACACCACAAAUGGUUUACACUACAAAUGGCUAACAAACAAAUCGUUCACAGACACCACAAAUGGUUUACACGACAAAUGGUUCACAGACACCACAAAUGGUUUACACGACAAAUGGUUCACAGACACCACAAAUGGUUUACACGACAAAUGGUUCACAGACACCACAAAUGGUUUACACGACAAAUGGUUCACAGACACCACAAAUGGUUUACACUACAAAUGGCUAACAAACAAAUCGUUCACAGACACCACAAAUGGAUUACACGACAAAUCGUUCACAGACACCACAAAUGGUUUACACGACAAAUGGUUCACAGACACCACAAAUGGUUUACACGACAAAUGGUUCACAGACACCACAAAUGGUUUACACGACAAAUCGUUCACAGACACCACAAAUGGUUUACACGACAAAUCGUUCACAGACACCACAAAUGGUUUACACGACAAAUCGUUCACAGACACCACAAAUGGUUUACACGACAAAUGGUUCACAGACACCACAAAUGGUUUACACGACAAAUCGUUCACAGACACCACAAAUGGUUUACACGACAAAUCGUUCACAGACACCACAAAUGGUUUACAUGAUAAAUGGCUCAUAGACGAAUCGUUCACUGGAUACUAA